AUGGAAAAGCCACUGGAUAACGGUGGCAUGGUGUGCCCGUCACUGCCAUCGGCGCUUCCGUCUCACUGCCAAGAUUCAGAGCAGCGGCGCCACAAACCUGGGGUUCCACAUACCAACGCGGUCGAUGUGGAAAUACCUGAGUUCUUUGUUAACUUUCCGCACACAUCUGAAGCGCGGGACCGCCGCGUGGGAUGUAAAUUAAGCUCCACUGAACUUAAUAAGGCGUCUCGGGGGUCGCUCAAUCAGUGCAGUAUUUCCACUGCUUACCCUGAGAACGCACAGAAACCCCGUAGGAGAAAAAAAUGCACCACCACUAUUAUUACAACGACAACGGUAACAGAAAUUUUCUUCCCAAAGUUCCUGCACUCGUUACCCAUAGCGGCCAUUGACGAAUCACGAAAUGAGAGUGAGAGUUGUAAAACCGAAGAACCGUCACUGCCUCCGCUAAACUCCAAGAGUCACGUGACAUCUAUUUUAUGUAAGCAACACCGCUGGUAUGCGCACGGGGGCUGA